UCAGAUCUGCACAGCGUCCGGAGAAUACCGUUAUGCAAGCGCUGGAAUCCCUUAACGACUCGCAGGUGAAUGAUUUUCUCAGUGGCAAGACUCCACUCAAUCUUAGUAUGCGUCUGGGUGAUCACAUGAUGCUUAUUCAGUUGCAACUGAGUACUGUUAAUCCUGCUGGCGGCACUACUGCCUCAACGGCUGCCCUGCCACCUGUGGUGGGCGGUAAUAGCUCUGUUGGCGGCUGUAGUGGCAGUACUAGCUCUUCCCAUUCAGCAUCAAGCGGAGCCCUGGGCUGCAUUUAUCCAAGCAGUAGCGUGGACUCCCAUUUGUCGCAUGCGCGCACCCGUUCCUCCAGCCAUAGACUGGGCAGCGGACGCAUUAGCAACGGGCAUGUGCAUAGCCAUCAGCAUCCGAGUCUGCACCACAGCCAUAGCCAUCACCGCCAUCAUCAUCAUCAGCAUCACAAUGCCACGGCGAUGGCCGCCGGUAGCGCUGGCACACACCUACGAAAGCUCGAUCUGGAGCGCUCAGGUAACAACAAAAGCAGAAGGAGCACCACCACCGAAACCACUACCAUCAGCAGUGACAGCGACAACAGUAGCAGCAGCUUGAGUGGCACUACGGCCGGAAAUGGUCGCGGACACCAUGCCAUUAAGACCUCCGAUCUCAGCUCGUUCCUUAGCAAGCGCGACUACGAGAGUCUGCAUAAUAUUGUGAAGAGUAUAGCACCACGGGCUGCAGCUGCGGCCGCUGCCGCUGUAACUAGCCAGAUGUCCAGGCAACCAUCAACGGCACAAUUAAAGCCGUUAUUGGAGCAAUCUCCAAUCAAGUCGCUCUCCAAUCUCGUUUCGUCUCCCAUCAAAACGACAGCCAUCAAGAACAUACACAUUGCCCAUGACUCUAACAGUACCAGCUCCUUACCUCCCAGUAUUGUUGGCCGUGCAUCGCCAACCAGUUGUACUAGUGGUGGCUGCCAUCAGGAUCCGAUAGCCGCAAAGCUCACCUCGUGCUUGUGCACACGCCUGGCAACAGCAUCAGCGGCAUCUGAAGAUACAAAAUCUAUAGUAGCUUCAACACCACCGCCAACAACAACCACAACAACAACAACACCAGCACCACCGCCACCAUCACCACCAACAUCAUCACCAACUUCAACACCACCACCAGCAAUAGCUGCUUCAAGAACUUUACCCAAUCUCAAUAUUGGAGCUUUCAGUCGUACAUCUGUUUGUUCUGGUACUGUCUCCAACUCCGGGUCCGGCUGUGUUGUGGACAAUUCGUUACGUAAGACGGUCAAUAAUCCGAUUACCGUUACACGCUCCAAGCAUAGACACCACCAUCACCACCACCAUCAUCAACACCAUUAUCAUCAUGCCGCACUAGCGGCAGCCGCAAGGCUCAAGUCUCAAGAGGCAACUCUCGCGAAAAGUGGAACCCCAAUUGCAGAUGCGGUUGGGACCACCCGCACUAGCAGCACCGCUGAGUUAGACGAUGCCGGCGUAACUCUUGCCGAAGCAUCGCGUAAUCUGACCCAGACUUUGCGGAAGCUCUCGAAAGAGGUUUUCACUAAUAAGAUUGACUUGUCUGGCGGUGGAAACAUGGGUGUUGGCGCCGGCAUUGGGGGCGGUGAAGAAACACCACGCAAAAGUGGCUCCGGCGCUGUCAUUGAAUCGAUGAAGAAUCACGGCAAGGGCAUCUACUCUGGCACAUUCUCAGGCACUUUAAAUCCGGCGCUACAGGAUCGCUUUGGCCGGCCAAAGCGCGACAUAUCAACGGUAAUACAUAUACUUAACGAUCUGUUAAGUGCCACGCCCCAAUACAGUCGUGGUGCGCGUAUCAGUUUUGAGGCACCAUCCAGUAGCAACACCAGCAUGAACAGUAACUCCAGCAUUAGCAGCAGCAACAGCAACAGCAGUAGCAGCAACAAUGGCUCGACAAUUUCCAGCUCCAUUAAUACUUCUUGUGGCAACGCCGGUGCGGCCAAAACUGCAGCGCCAACAUCAGUGCCCGUCGCUCUACAUCAUAACGUGCGUAGCAAAUUGUACUCGACCAAACAUCACAAUUGCGCCAAAUGUAACUCUCGCGCCCAACAGCAACAAGCAGCAGCAGUUUUGAGUGCUGGCAACUGUGCUUAUGGCGAAUCUAAUGGCCACUAUUUGGCUAAGGAAGGUAUUUCUACUGCAAUCGCUAGCAGUCUCAAGUCAUAUACACACGGCUGCUGUACCGAUGCGGAUAUAUCCAGCACCGACAGCGCUAGUAAUACCCCAGCGAUGGACAGCUCGAAUGGAUGCAUGUGCCGUAAUCACGGUGGCGGCGUUAGGCUGAACGAUGGCCAACGGGAUCACAUGUGCCAAAAGUGCAUCGCUGACCUGGCCAAUCUAAAGACCAAGUCUAAGCUAGACCAACUACGUCUAGUUAUGCAGCAGCGCAAACAGAAGCGUGAAGCGCGCAAGCUCAAGAGCACGCCGUACGAUGCCAAUGCAGGAAUUCUAACGGCAACUGUGGAGGCAACGCCGCAAUAUAGCGCUGUUAGCGCGCUGGUGACGACGCCGCUGCCGGCAGUCAAGACCAAGCACAGCAGCAAUAGCAACAACACAACAAAAGCUGCUGCGGCUGCAACCACUGCAUCGCCCAGCGAGGUCUCACCCAAUCAUAUAGUAGAGGAGGUAGAUACGGCAGCAUAAGUACAACUGCAAUGCACCCCUUAUAGCAUUUAUUAGUUUAAAGUUGCAAAAACAAUAA